UGAAAUACCACUUCAAGAUGCUGCAGUCCUUCAUGCUGAGGGUUCUCUGCCUGCUCUUCACCUCCCGCUUGACCAUCUGUAUGGCUGGGAGUGGGGCUGCUUCUCCCAUCGUGACUGGAACUCUGGGACAGUCGGUCUCCUUAUCUCCUGGGAUCCCAGUCGGGACGGAUGUUGCUGACUUUCAGUGGAAACAGACAAAAUCCCAAAUGGCAGUGGUGCUGUAUUCGAAAGGGAACAUCACUUACCUUGGUUCUGAGGAUUUCAAGUCACGGUUAACUCUUGAUCCUGUGAGCUUCAGUCUGGAAAUCCGUGACCUACGGAGAGAGGAUGCCGGUGAUUAUGAGGUGAUUUCUACAGCAGGUUCAGGAAUUGAGAAACGUGUGACAGUGCGACUGGAGGUGUACGAGCCCAUGUCUGGAACAUACAUCAAAGUUCAGAACAUCACCGGGAACUGUGACCUCACCCUGAACUGCUCCAUGACCUCAGGCAACCCCACCAGCUUCAGUUGGUGGAGGGGAGGAGAAGCUGUGGGAAACGCUAGUACACAUCACCUCUCAGAACACAGACAGAUUGUAUCGGUUCAUCAUACCAGAAAGGUCAAGGACGCUGACUACAGGUGUGAGGUCAGGAACCCCAUCAGUAUUGACAAAGCAAAUAUCUGGCUGAGGGACAUCCGUAAUAUAACCACAAAAGAAUCAUCAGGAUUAACAAUGAAUAAUAUCAUUAUCAUUUCAAGUGUGACCGGUAUAUUUGUCGUGUUCCUUAUUUUUUGCUUCAUCAAAAAAAUAGUAAAACGAGGUCAAAUGCCUGGAAUCUCCGGAGAGCCACCGCCCGUGGAGACUGAGUACGCAGUAGUUCAGCCAGUACAAAAUCGUGUAGCUGGCCGGGGACCUCGACAGGGGAAUGAGAUGGUUCAUAGGCAGGACGAGAGGCUGGAAAUACCGAACACCGUGUAUGCCACAGUGAACGCUCCAAGGAGUCCAGCCGCUGAACCAGACAGGGUUAAACGCGGAGCCCGCAGGAACGUGAGGGACAGCAGCUUCGAUAUGUAUGAAACACAGCACUAUCCGGGGAAUCCACGCUUGGCCACAAUCAGGACUGGAGCAGGAGCCCGUGGAAAAUUCCGACCAAUAUAAUCUUCCUCUCUGAGACAGGAACUGUGUAUGCAACCCAGGCUGUGAAAUUUGUGUGUUUCGGGGGAAGGAAAGAUUCCAUAUUCCUCAGAUUAGCAGCUGUCCUUGUUGGACAAAUAUGCGGAGUAUCUCAAUAAUCCUAGACGAGGGUAAUCUGUGUGGGUGGGGCAGGGAGGGCAUCACACUUAACCUGGACCUGGGCAGCGGGUGGCAGUGAUUGGGGGAGGGCGUUGUUUAGGGAAGUUUGAGCAGACUGUGCGGUUCCACGCCACCCAGUCUCAGGCAGUGGCCAUAUCUGGCCUCUGUGUCCCUCGGUGGAUAGUUUAUAGGGGUCACAAUAAAAUUAGUUUGAAAUUCCAAACAAAUUCUUGACCCCUGUAACUGGAAUCUGUUCAAAUUUUAAUUGGGGCAGUGAAAUGGCAGAAGCUAAACACAUACUUUAAAUCUGGCUUCAGAAAAAAGACACAAAUAAUUUUCCGGAAAUAACAGGGAAGCAAACAGCUAUGGAGAUAAUCUGACUGAAAUCAGUUUACAGAACUGUGCAAAAAUCUGAGGCACGUGUACACAGUAAAGAUGCCGAAGAGUUUUGGACAUAACUGUCGUAAUUUUAUGUAUUGUGCUGUACUGCUGCCCGCAAAAAAUAAUAAACA